GCUUGCAUGUCGACGACGACAUGCAGACGGCUGAGCAUCUACUCCUGCUUGGUAGCUCUUCUCUAAGCGCCCGCCGGUUCAAUCACCGUUGCUGCGAGGCUGAGCAUGGAGCAUGCACCGCUCCUACGCCUUCCUGCUGCUUCUUUAUAUCUGUUUCCUGCCGCCCUGUGUCCUUCGCAGCGCAGGAUAUGGGUUAACGGACGUGAUCGCAAACACGAAAAGAAUACUUGACGACCGAUCCGAUGCGGCACCAUAGCUAUGAAUUUCGAAAGACUUGGGUCCAGCCCAGAGGGCGGCCCCAGUCGUUCAUGUCUGGCCAUUCAGACACUUCCAUAGACAACAGGACGGAGCUGAGGGCGGAGCUUAAGGAGCGCCAUGUGAACAUGAUGGCAUUUUCCUACUGCCUGGGCGUUGGUCUCUUCCUCGGCUGCGGCAGAGUCAUUUUUCUCGCUGGACCAGGCCUUGCUGUGGUCAUGUACAUUCUUGUCGGCACGGUGAUGUGGUCCACUGUGGCCUCGUUGGGCGAGAUGACUGCCGUCUUCCCCGUCAAAGGCGCCCUCUUCGAGUUCCCGCGCAGGUUUCUCGAUCAGUCCAUAGGCUUCGCGAUCGCGUGGCUCGUCUGGUUCUCCUGGGUCAUCGUCAUCGCAGCCGAGCUCCUAGCCAUCACUUCCAUCUUCCGCUUUGACAUUGCCAAUGACUAUCUGAGAGAUAGACAUUAUCCCGAGCCAAGCGUGACAUGGCAGUUCGGCAACGACACCAGCCCCGCCGUCUGGGUUUCCAUCUUCCUGGUCUUGAUCGGCCUGGUCAACCUGCUGCCGGUCCAAUGGUACGGGCGGAUAGAGUACGUAUUUGGUUGCGCCAAGAUGAUCUUCAUCACAGGCCUCAUUCUUUUCAACGUCAUUCUGAACGCUCGAAAUCAUUCCCAGCAGAGGUUUUGGACCUACAACGCACCGUACAGCUUUGCCAGCAAAAACAUGACCGUCCGCGUGGACGGGAGCGGCAAAGCUUUGCUUGAGAUUGACGGGUCCUUAGGCACGUUCGCCGGCACAUGGAGCGCCAUGACGGCCAUCAUCUUCUCGAUGAUGAGUUUCGAGCUCGUGGCCGUCGCAGCGGCCGAGAACCGGGAUCUCAAGGAGACGGAGACGGUCAAGAUCGCGUCGCGCAAGAUCGCACUUCGCGUGAUCCUACUGUACGCGCUCGCCUGCUUCGUCGUCGGUCUCAACGUGCCGUAUACGGACAGCCAGGUGCGCGACAUGGCCAUCAGCAGCAUCGGAGGAGGACAGGGCAGCAUCUUCAUCAUUGCCGCCAUCCGCGGGAGGGUCAAGACCUGGCCCCACAUCUUCAACGGCUUCUUUAUCUUCUCGGCCUUGUCUGCCGGCAUCAACGCGCUAUACAGCUCGUCAAGAGCGCUGCACGCCCUCGCCAGCCUGCACGAAGCCUGGCCACGUUGGGGCCCUGUCGAGAGCUUGAGGUCGAGACUGGAGAGCACUUCGCACGGGGUUCCAUACUGCGCCGUCUUUGUCAGCUGGCUGUUCGGCCUGCUGGCCUUUCUGUCCACUAAGACGACGCCAGCCACGGCCCUGGGACGCAUCGGGACGAACAGCACGAUCAGCAUGAUGAUCGUGUACGCCACGAACAACGCUGCGUUUUUGCAAUUCUACAGAUCCAUGAACGCCGCCGCUCGCGGCGACGACGAGAACGUCGGCAAGGACGUCGAGAAGACGCGUAGCUACAGGCGGAAAGGCUCGCAAUACCCGUACAGAUCGCACGGCCAGUGGCUCAGGGCCGCAUACGGGCUCCUGGGAACAAGUCUGUUCGUGAUCUUCAACGGCUGGCGCGUCUUCAUGCCGCCCUUCCAAGUCGCGGACUUCGUCGCCUCCUACAUCAGCAUCGUCAUCUUCGCCCUCCUCACGUGCAUGUACUACGUCAAGCUGAACGGGCUCGCGCCCGCCGGCUGGCGCCGCACCGCACCCAAGAUGGCUGGCCUCGUCCCCGUCCAGGUCCAGGACGAGAGGUCCCGCCCGGCCUGCGACUUCUGCGGCGUCCCCCACCGCAAGGGCAAGCUGAGGAUCCCGGACCGCGGUCUCACCCUCAAGAACGUCAAGUGCUUCCUUGAGUGGGCUUGGACGUGGAUCAAGUAAGGGCGCGCGCGCGGCGUGAUGCCCCGUCCGCGCCUCGCGCACGAGACCAGCCCAUCCUUGGAUCUCGCAAACAUCUCGUGCAUUUUCUAUUUUCAUAUUCCUUCAUUUUCUAUUUCCUCUUUUUUUUUUAUAAAAAAAAACCCAAUACGUCUGCGCGAUUGAAAGGAGUUUGUGGGGGACCGUGCGCGUCAAUCGCUUCUUGUCAUGCCAUCCAACCCGCACACCUCGCCGUGUGCGACUGCUCGCUCGGCUCUGGGGCGGAUCCGGUCGUGCGCUUUCAUCUGGGGACCCAGGAGUACAGAUGCACGGGGCUUGGAUUGUCUUUCGUUACACGCCUUUUUUUUUUGGAAACGGCGUCCAACUGGAGCGACGGGGGUCGUGUGCACGCUGUGAAGUUUUCAGUCUCUGCGCUGCCGUCGGCGCUGGCGGACAAGGUCAUCUGAGAUUCAACACUGGCGGCGAGCCAAGAUGAGGUAUGUGAGUUAUGACGGAGACAAAAAGAGAAGACCCGUCGAGGUCUCGUAUAGAAUCAAGAUUUGCAAUGUAUGGAUAUCAGCCUCCCAAGACAAACAGCGCAAUGCAGAGAAAAAAAAAA